ACCCAAUCGCAUGCUCAGGAUCUGGAAUGACGGAAGAAUACUCUAUACACUAAGGUUGACCAUUGAUGCCGAGUGCCAGCUGAAAUUAAACAACUUCCCAAUGGAUGAGCACUCCUGUCCCCUGGAGUUUUCAAGCUAUGGCUACCCCAAGGAGGAAAUAACCUACAGGUGGAAAAGGAGCUCAGUCGAGGUUGGGGACAUUCGCUCAUGGAGGCUUUACCAAUUUUCCUUCGUUGGCCUGAGGAACACAACUGAGACCGUCAGGACCGUUUCAGGGGACUAUGUAGUGCUGACUGUCUUUUUUGACCUGAGCAGGAGGAUGGGCUACUUUACUAUCCAGACCUACAUUCCCUGCACACUUAUUGUUGUCCUCUCCUGGGUGUCUUUCUGGAUCAACAAAGAUGCAGUACCUGCAAGGACUUCAUUAGGAAUCACCACUGUGCUGACUAUGACCACACUGAGUACCAUUGCCAGGAAAUCUCUUCCAAAAGUGUCAUACGUGACCGCAAUGGACCUGUUUGUGUCUGUCUGCUUCAUUUUCGUCUUUGCCGCACUCAUAGAGUAUGGCACACUGCACUACUUUGUCAGCAACAGGAAGCCAAGUGCCAAAAAGGACAAGAAGAAGAAAAACCCGCUCCUCCGGCUCUUUUCCUCCAAGGUAUAUUGCCUGUGUCUGACUGCAUGUGUCUGCUGCAUUUCAACUCUUUGGGCCCCCAGCACCUCACUGCUUUUCUCUCUGCGCAACAGCAGAUACGCCUCUUUCUAUUACCACUUAUAUACCCGCAUUCUAACUAACUCUGCACCUCCUCAAUUACUAAAUGGGUAUUGAAGAUUACAUUCAAAGGGGCGCUUAGCAGUGCACAGUGCGGAGGCAGCCAGCCAGACACACUUAUGCAGUUUUUUUCUUCUUUUUUUUUUCUAAUGAAACUCUAAUAAGCGUCUCACAUAUCCUGUGGUCAAAAAACGUUUCAGUCAAGAGCCCAGUGUGGACUCAUUCUGGCUCCCUCUGUCCUGUUCCACUCUUUGUUGUUGUUACCACAGUGAACAAGCAGCCAAACCAAGAGCUUCCUAUAUUCUCUUUUCCUUUUUUUUUCCUCAGUUAAUGUUUCAGUGUGCUCAUUGGGCUUCUUAACCUGACGCUUCCUAAAGAGUCAGCAGAGCCUUAACAGACUGAAACAGACAACCCAUGCACUGUGUAAAUGUUACUUUGAUUUGGAGGUAAGUUUAGACAAGUAAAAGCUUGUAAACUAUGAAAAGGGAGCUAAAAUAAGUUAAAUAUAUAUAUAUGCAAAUUCCACUCUUUUGCAUCAGUAUUAAUUGCAGGAGGAUAUUUAAAUAUACAAAUGCUUUGUCCAGACUUGCUUUAGUAUGACCACAUGAAGUAAAUAUUAAUCUAAUGAUCUUAAA